AUGCACGCCGUCAGGGCUCUGCGGCGAACCAUCGCCAGCCGCGUCGUGCCGGCCGCUCGGCUCGAUGGGCUCGCAGCCGCUGCCGCGGCGCAGCGCCGCUUCGCGUCAUCGGUCUCCGGCGAGAUGACGGUGCGCGACGCCAUCAACUCGGCGCUGGACGAGGAGAUGGCAUCCGACUCUAAAGUCUUCAUCAUGGGCGAAGAGGUGGGCGAGUACCAGGGGGCGUACAAGAUCACCAAGGGGCUGCUGCAGAAGUACGGCCCCGACCGCGUGCUCGACACGCCCAUCACCGAGGCGGGGUUCGCGGGCAUCGGGGUGGGCGCGGCCAUGUACGGCUUGAAGCCCGUCGUCGAGUUCAUGACCUUCAACUUCUCCAUGCAGGCGAUAGACCACAUAGUGAACAGCGCGGCGAAGGCGCACUACAUGUCGGCGGGGCAGAUCAGCGUUCCCAUCGUCUUCCGCGGCCCCAACGGGGCCGCCGCUGGCGUCGGCGCGCAGCACUCGCAGUGCUUCGCGUCGUGGUACGGGCACGUGCCGGGGCUGAAGGUGCUGGCGCCGUGGAGUGCGGAGGACGCGCGCGGACUCAUGAAGGCCGCCAUCCGCGACCCGGACCCCGUGGUGGUGCUCGAGAAUGAAAUCCUCUACGGCGAGGCGUUCCCAGUGUCCCCUCAGGCGCAGGACCCCAACUUCACGGUGCCCAUCGGCAAGGCCAAGGUGGAGCGCGAGGGCAAGGACGUCACGCUCGUCGCCUUCUCGCGCAUGGUCGGGGUCGCGCUCAAGGCAGCAGACGAGUUGGCCAAGGAGGGCAUCUCCGCUGAGGUGUUGAAUCUGCGCACGAUCCGGCCGUUGGAUCGCGAGGCCAUCAACGCGUCAGUGCGCAAGACGUCGCGCCUCGUCACCGUGGAGGAGGGCUGGCCGCAGUCCGGUGUCGGUGCUGAGAUCUGUGCGACAGUGGUGGAGACAUCAUUCGACUACUUGGAUGCACCGGUGGAGCGCAUCUGCGGCUCAGACGUCCCCAUGCCCUACGCUGCCAACCUUGAACGCCUCGCCCUGCCCCAGGUCGAGGACAUUAGAGGUCUUUUAGCGGACAGACGGAAUGGUAACAGCGGCGCUGGGAUUGAUGCAGACUGCCUAGAAACCAAGAUGGCGCCUCCUACCCGCGUUCUAACCCUAACAAUCAUUCUCACGCUAUCGUUAGCGUGCUGCACGGCGGUGAAUGCGGUGAACGACCCGAGCAGCGUGCAGUUCUCGUCUCUGACUCAAUCCAUUGUGGUUACUACAACGGUCAACGGCAACAACGUCACCAACGGCACCGGAAUGACGUAUUCCAAAGACGAAAUGUCGAUUCACUGGCACCUGAACCAGUCGCUGUGGGGCAGCGACGCGGCGUUCAGGAAGGUCGUCCUGCAGCUCUGCUUCGGCGCGCCCAGCCAGGCGUCGCGCCCGUGGCGCCAGCCCAACAACGUGCUCUCUCACUCCAAGAACUGCAAAUACACCAUCGCCUCGCAACCGUACAACGCGUUUGGCAACAACACGGUGUGGCGGCCGUCGCAGGACACGCCAGGCGCGCAGUACUUCGUGCGCGCGUGGGUGCUCAACUCCUCCGACUCCUCCGCCACCAUCUCCGCCAACAGCGUCGCCUACGGCCAGAACACUGACCCUUCAAUGAGCACCAAUCUGGUGGUGGUGACGCCCUUUGCUGGCACAGCCAUGGGGAUCAAUAUAUACAUCGUGUGCAUCUCGGUAGUGUCCUAUGCUGCCCUAGCGGGCUUCUUCUUCUACGAGAGAUAUGCGAAGAAGAAUAAAUAG